AUGGCCCACCCGUACGAUGUUGGGACGAAGGCGUGGCAGCCGGACGUCACUGAAGGAUGGGUUGCUUCGGAGGUGACGCAGAAGAAGGUGGAUGGGGACAAGAUCAGACUGGUGUUUGCACUGGAGAAUGGCGAGACCAAAACGGUCGAGACAACCCUAGCCGCGCUCCAGAACGAGAACUCCUCGACGAAUGGAACGCUACCGCCGCUCAUGAACCCGGCCAUGCUCGAAGCCUCUGACGACCUGACGAACCUCUCACAUCUGAACGAGCCGGCCGUGCUCCAGGCCAUCAAGCUGCGCUAUGCCCAGAAGGAAAUCUACACAUACUCCGGCAUCGUGCUGAUAGCCACCAACCCCUUUGCUCGAGUCGACUCGCUCUAUGUCCCGGGCAUGGUGCAAGUCUACGCCGGCAAGCAUCGGUCUUCACAAGCACCGCAUCUGUUUGCCAUAGCGGAGGAGGCAUUCGCGGAAAUGCUGCGAGAUGGUCGUAACCAGACCAUUGUCGUCUCAGGUGAGUCCGGAGCAGGUAAGACGGUCAGCGCAAAGUACAUAAUGCGCUACUUCGCCACACGAGAACCACCCGAUCAGCCUGGUGUCCGCCGACGAGACCGCUCAGGCGACUCCAUGAGCGAGACGGAAGAGCAGAUCCUCGCUACCAACCCUAUAAUGGAAGCUUUCGGCAAUGCAAAGACGACUCGCAAUGACAACUCCUCCCGUUUCGGCAAGUACAUCGAGAUCAUGUUCAACAAGAGCACGGAUAUCAUUGGUGCGAGGAUACGGACAUAUUUGCUCGAGCGGUCGCGGUUGGUGUUUCAGCCGCUUAAGGAGAGGAAUUACCACAUCUUCUACCAGCUCGUCGCGGGCGCUACCGAGGCGGAAAGGGAAGAGUUGGGCCUGAUACCACCGGAGCACUUUGAUUUCUUGAAUCAGGGCGGCGCGCCACAGAUCGAGGGUGUGUAUGAUGGGAAGGAUUUCAAUGAGACCAGGCAGGCGUUGACGAGACUUGGUGUGUCGGUUGAGGUGCAGACGUCGCUUUGGCGGAUACUUGCUGCGCUGCUGCAUAUUGGUAAUAUGAAGAUUACUGCGACCAGGACAGAAUCCAACUUGUCUGCCUCGGAGCCUUCACUUGCCAAGGCUGCACAACUUCUCGGAAUAGAUGCUGCUGAAUUCGCCAAAUGGACGGUCAAGAAGCAGCUCAUUACUCGAGGCGAGAAGAUUGUGUCAAACCUUACUGCACAGCAAGCAACUGUCGUGCGAGACUCGGUCGCCAAGUACAUCUACUCAUCCCUCUUCGACUGGCUUGUGGAGACCAUGAACAACUUCCUCGCCACAGAAGAGACCCUCGAGCAAGUUAAGAGCUUCAUUGGUGUACUGGAUAUCUACGGUUUCGAGCAUUUCGCCAAGAACAGCUUCGAGCAGUUCUGCAUCAAUUAUGCCAACGAGAAGUUGCAGCAGGAAUUCAAUCAGCAUGUUUUCAAGCUCGAGCAGGAGGAAUAUAUGCGUGAGCAGAUCCAGUGGGAAUUUAUCGACUUCUCAGACAACCAGCCUUGCAUUGACUUGAUCGAAGGAAAGCUUGGUGUGCUUGCACUGCUUGAUGAGGAGAGUAGAUUGCCGAUGGGGUCUGAUGAAAGCUUCGUGACGAAGCUUCAUCACAACUUCUCCAACGAUAAGCAUGCCUUCUACAAGAAGCCACGAUUCGGCAAGAGUGCUUUCACGGUCUGCCAUUACGCUAUCGACGUGACGUACGAGAGCGAAGGUUUCAUUGAGAAGAACAGGGACACAGUACCGGACGAACAUCUGGAAGUGCUACGGAACACAUCCAAUGGCUUCCUCCGAGAAGUCAUGGAUGCUUCGACGACAGUGAGAGACAGAGAUACGGCUGCAGUCGCGCCAAAAGCUACGCCUGGUAAGAGAGUCGGAGCUGCGGCGGCGCGAAAGCCAACUCUGGGCAAUAUCUUCAAGAGCAGUUUGAUCGAGCUCAUGGCCACGAUUGAGAGGACUGAGGUACAUUACAUUCGAUGUAUCAAGCCCAAUGAGGAGAAGCUGGCAUGGAAGUUCGAGGGUCCGAUGGUGUUGAGCCAACUUCGUGCUUGUGGAGUGUUGGAGACAGUCAGAAUCUCGUGCGCUGGUUACCCGACCAGAUGGACGUACGAGGAGUUCGCGCUGAGGUAUUAUAUGCUGAUACCAUCCACACAGUGGACGCACGAGAUCCGGGAUAUGGCCAACAAUAUCCUCCGCAAAGCAUUUGGCGCAGGCAAGAACGACGGCACCGACAAGUACCAGUUAGGUCUGACCAAGAUCUUCUUCCGGGCGGGUAUGCUCGCCUUCCUCGAAAACCUCCGCACGAACCGCCUGACAGGCGCCGCGAUCAUGAUCCAGAAGAAUCUGCGGUGUCUACAUCAACGCAAGAAAUACCUCGAAGCGCGCGAAAGCAUCCAGACUUUUCAGGCCCUCAUCCGAGGACUCCUGGCGCGCAAAAGGGCCCAAGAGGCACGGCGGCAAAAAGGCGCGACGACGAUCCAGCGCGUCUGGCGCGGACAGAAGGCCCGCAAGAGCUACGUACGCCAGCGCAACCAUCUCAUCGUCUUUGAAGCAGCGGCACGGGGAUGGAUUACACGUAAAUCGAUACUGGACAAGAGAUUAGGCGAUGCUGCUCGAAUCAUCCAACGGACGUGGCGACGACAUAGUCAGCUCAGGCAGUGGAGAGAUUAUAGGCGAAAUGUGGUCAAGGCGCAGAGUUUGUGGCGUGGCAAGCAGGCGCGGAAGGGGUAUAAGACUUUGCGCGAGGAGGCGAGGGAUUUGAAGCAGAUUUCGUAUAAGUUGGAGAAUAAGGUUGUGGAGUUGACGCAGAGUUUGGGGUCCAUGAGGUCGGAGAACAGGACGUUGAAGGGCCAGGUGCAGAGUUAUGAGAAUCAGUUGAAGAGUUGGCGGGAGCGGCAUACGGCGCUGGAGCAGCGGGCGAAUGAGUUGCAGCGGGAUGCUAAUCAGGCUGGUAUCACGGCGGCGAAGUUGACGGCGGUCGAGGCGGAUUUCCAGCGCUUGCAGACGAAUUUCGAGGAGAGUCAGGGAAGUAUGAGGAGGUUGCAGGAGGAGGAGAAGGGGUUGAGGGAGAGUUUGAGGAGUACCAGUUCGGAAUUGGAGAGUACAAGGCAGGGAAAGACGGCGAGCGAGACGGAGAAGUUGAGUCUCAGGCAGCAGUUGGCGGAGAUGCAGGAUCAGUUGGAGCUGGCAAAGAGGGCGCAGGUCAUGGCGCCUGUGGCUGGCGAUAUGGUGAAUGGGAAUGGGAUGGUUGGGGCUGGGGGCGCGGUGCAACAGCCUAGUGGACUUAUUAAUUUGGUCGCGAGUAAGAAGCCGAAGAGGAGGAGUGCGGCGUUGGAGCAGAUCCAGACGGAGAGGUUUAGUGGGACUUUUAACCCGCGACCUGUGUCGAUGGCUUUUGGCGCGACGGCUUCGGGACAUACGCAGAAUUUGUCUGGGUCGACGUUUAAUCCUUCGCUGGAGAAUGUGGAGAUGGAAUUGGAGUCGCUAUUGGCGGAUGAGGAUGGCUUGAACGAUGAGGUGACUAUGGGACUUAUAAGGAACCUGAAGAUACCUGCACCUGGCUCCACUCCGCCACCCACAGACAAGGAGGUUCUGUUCCCGGCUUACCUGAUCAACCUUGUCACGAGUGAAAUGUGGAAUAAUGGCUUCGUGAAGGAGAGUGAGCGCUUCCUGGCGAAUGUGAUGCAGAGUAUCCAGCAAGAGGUCAUGCAACAUGAUGGCGACGACGCGAUAAACCCUGGUGCUUUCUGGCUCAGCAACGUGCACGAGAUGCUAUCUUUCGUCUUCCUCGCCGAGGAUUGGUACGAAGCGCAGAAGACAGACAACUUCGAGUACGACCGCCUCCUAGAGAUCGUCAAGCACGACCUCGAAAGCCUAGAAUUCAAUAUCUACCACACCUGGAUGAAAGUCCUGAAGAAGAAACUCCACAAGAUGAUCGUCCCCGCCAUCAUCGAAAGCCAGAGCCUACCCGGCUUCGUGACAAACGAAAGUAACCGCUUCCUCGGCAAGCUCCUCCAGUCCUCCAGCGCCCCGGCCUUCAGCAUGGACAAUCUACUCUCCCUCCUCAACAACGUCUUCAAGGCCAUGAAAGCCUACUACCUCGAAGACACCAUCAUUACACAAACCGUCACCGAACUCCUGCGCCUCGUGGGCGUGACGGCGUUUAAUGACCUGCUCAUGCGCAGGAAUUUCCUCAGCUGGAAGAGGGGUUUGCAGAUUAAUUACAAUAUCACCCGGAUUGAGGAGUGGUGCAAGAGCCAUGAUAUGCCCGAGGGGACGCUGCAGUUGGAGCAUUUGAUGCAGGCGACUAAGCUGUUGCAGUUGAAGAAGGCGACGUUGAAUGAUAUUGAGAUUAUUCAGGAUAUUUGUUGGAUGCUCUCACCCAACCAGAUCCAAAAACUCCUCAACCAAUACCUAGUAGCUGACUACGAACAACCCAUCAACGGCGAAAUCAUGAAAGCGGUCGCGAGCCGCGUCACGGACCCCAAAUCCGACGUCCUCCUCCUCCAAGCAGUGGAUAUGGACGACUCCGGCCCUUACGAGAUCGCCGAACCGCGCGUCAUCACGGCGUUGGAGACGUAUACGCCUUCGUGGCUGCAGACACCCCGGCUGAAGCGGUUGGCGGAGAUUGUGUCGGCGCAGGCAGUGAUGCAGCAGCAGCUGGAUGCGACGGGAAUGGGGAAGGUGGAGGAGGAGGAUGAUGGUGGGGGGUUUGGGGCAGAUGGGGAGUGGGAGGGGGAUCUGGGAGGGGGGGUUCUGGGAGUUAAUGGCGGUGGGAUGUUGAAUGGGCAUGGACGUAAUGGGAUGGGGGAGGUGCAUGAGAUUCGAGGUGGUGGUCGAGGGGGAGAGAAUGGCCGGGUGUAUUCGUCGUAG